AUGGAACAGGUGGUGCACGGCGCCGACGAGAUGUGCUAUGAUGAGAAUUUGGUUCGGCGCUACACGCCGUGCCCCCGCGCCCUCCACAGCUGUGCCCUCGUCUACAUCGAAGACCACCCGACGCACAAACUGCAUCAUUUGUGCGUAGACGAUGCGCGACCACACGUGACGAUACACCCUGAAUUCACGCGCGCGGACCUACGGCAUCCGAUGGAUGAACGGGUGCAGACGAUGUCACGAGGCGAUGGCGAAUGGCAGGUGUCACCGUCCUGCAUCAGCCAUAUGGAACGAGUCAUCCAUGGUGAUGUGACGAUAAAUGGAACCCUCUAUCAGGCGAGCAUGAUUUGCUGCAAAAAAAGCACGCGCUGCGACAAGUUGAUAGAUCAUGUCUUCCGUCAGGAGUUGUACCAGGGAUGGCCGAUUCACGCAGCCACGAUCACGUUUGCAACGUUCCACGCCGUCAUGUCCAUUCCGGUCGUUUGGGGCUGGUAUCAGCGGAUGAGGAAGACGAAACAAGAA